UGUCUAUCUGCAACGUUCAGGAUGUUUUGCAACUGAACGUGGCCAAGAUACCUACCUCUACCUUGUAUAACGGCGACGUGGCUGUGGUGAUGGGAGGGAGAUUAUAAAUAGCAAGUUGGUGAUCAGCUUUGUUGUUUUUAGCACAUCGCUAAUGGUCAAUAGAGGCAAGGAUAGAAGCACCUGCGAAACUUCUUUUUUUUGUUUCAACGAUGAACAGAAUUAUUCUCAGCAUUUUCGCAGUUGGCCUGUGUUUUUCAGUUGGCCAGGCUCUGCAGUGCUUCAAAUGUGAUAUCUGCAUCUUGAACCUCUUCCAGACCAAAGUCACCUGCAAUGCCGAGGAGCAAUGUUUCAGCGGUGUCGGAAAAGCAGGUAAGGUUAUGGAAAUCAAUACAAAAGGCUGCCUGAAUAGGAACAACUGCAACAAGGUGACUGAAACCACGUUCUCUUCCAUGUCCAACACCACAGUCUACAGCGUAAACAAGACCUGCUGUAGCUCUGACCUGUGUAACGCUGCCCCGGGUCUGCCCCGAAUGAGCAUCCUGCACCUGGCCCUCGCCACCACCUUCAUGACCAAAGUCCUGGUGUAAGGAGGGGGAAGCCCUCUGGUCUACAUGCAUACAUAUACAGAGGUUGAUACGCAUGUAGGUUGACGGUUCACACACACGCCAACAUUAGCAGCAAUCUGUCCAUGUAUAGAAGUCCUGCAUUAUCUUAUAUAAUUUAGGCCAAGGAGGAAACAUGUUAGUGUAUCAUACCAUCUAAACUUCAAUUAUUUCUACUAAAAAAAUGUAUUUGUCCUUGAUGCCUCUGGAAAUCUCUCAAUUUGUUUUAUUGCUCACUUGGAAAUGCAGUCAGAUUAGCUUUUCCCUGACCCCCAUUCCGUUGCAUGUACACACCACGGGAAAACAUUCAAUUAAAUGGAAUGCUCAUACAAUAGGCAAGUUUAAAUCAACUUAAUUGAGCAGAUGUCUUCUGGCACUUUAGUAGGAUGAAGCGCUUCAGUCAUUGUACUGUAACCAAUGAAUGUGUAUACUGACAGAUUUAUUCAUCUUCAAUAGGGAGCUCUGCUAACAAUCUUUACCAUCUUUGGUGUUGGUUAUACCUGCUUGUACAGUAGGUGUCAUGGGUGAUGGACUGCAUGUAUAACCACUCAGUGUUGUCCCAAUUGCCAUGCUCUAUUAUACAGUAUAUCUUCUUAGGACACCACAGGCCAUCAGCUUGAAUAAGGCCAAUGUAUACAUUUCAAGGGUUAAGUAUAUGCCAUUUCAGUCAAUGUUAAUUUCAGAUGAAUGCUAAUUUCAAACUACUAUUUCAAUUUGAUGUUCACUGUUAAUGAGACGAUUAUCCAGCCACUUGGUGUUGGAGCUCCACUGAUCACCCAAAUUAUAAUUAAUAAUGAAAUUGCUCUAUGACCAUGUUUCCCCCAUUCAUGAGCUACAUGAUGACCUAGACCAAAGAAGGGCUAAACUAGUCUCUGUCCCUAGAAAGGGCAAGCAAUCUGGUUUUGACCGGGAAUUGUAUUUUUGGCCACCCUGCAUAUUCCUUUUUGCCUAAAGUAAUGCUUGUAUUUGUAUGGCAAUAUUACACUGUAGAGAAUUAAAUCAAGCUUUUUAAAUGCUAUAUUUGUUUUAAUAGGAUUAUUUUCUAGGUUCAUUGGAAGUUUGUCAAACUUACUUCCUUGUUUGGGAAGAACUGUACUAAUCUGAUGUUUGCCAUGUACUAACUGUAAAUGGCUUGACUUAUGAAACAUUUUAUUUUUGAAAACCUAUUUUAAACUGUGUAUACUGUACGUGAUUGCUGGGUGACAGUGCAAAAUAAAAUUAAUGAUUAAAGCUUU